CAAAUCUCACCGGACCCAAGCCGAGAUGCAAGCCGUGAUAGUACUCGCUGUUCUCGUGGCCGCGGCUGUCGCCGUGCCCGUGGCCCCGGUCGUUGACCCCAAGACCGCGGAGACUGUCCGCUACAACGUCAACAACAUCGGCGUCGACGGAUACUCCUUCGACUUGGAAACCAAUGACGGCAAGAAGGUCUCCGAGGAAGCGGUGCUGAAGAACAACCAGGUGCUGGAGGUGCGCGGCUCCUUCUCCUACUACGGGCCCAACAACGAGCUCUUCACCGUCACCUACGUGGCCGAUGAGAACGGCUUCAAGGCCUUCGGAGACCACCUUCCCAAAUAACCACCACUGCCCAACUGACUUGACUAGUUUUAAAUAUAUGUU